UUUUGCUCUGGUUUUCAAGUUUUUAAUUGAAUAAUAAUUAAUUUGAUAAGUAUCUUUAUUUAAAAUACAUAAAAAUUGCUAUAAAAUUGUAUAUGGAAUUUAACUGUAUGCUAAUUUAGCGUUUUGAUUUUUGUUCAAGAAAUGGAAACAAAAAGAAAGCUGUGAGACCAUAGUAGUUUUAACAGCGUGAUUUGUAGUUACCAUCGUAACAGCGUGAUAUUUUGUUUGAAAUGCAGUAUUUAGGAAAACAAUGGAUUUUUAUCUUUUUAGUCAUUAUUUAUUUAAAUUGGACGCAAUGCACUCGUAAAAUUCACCACAAAGGAAUUGAUAGUGCAAAAAAGCAUAAAAUAAAAAGCAAAUACAACCUAACGAACGUUUUCGAUCAAUUACAACCCGAAAUUGUAAAGUAUAGAGAUAAUAAAACAGAAAGCAAAAAGUUUGACAUUUUGCAGCAAGUUUAUAAUCGGCUUGCUCACUCACAAAAUGGCGUACCACAGUAUAUAAACAUUCCUGGAGCUGUUCAUGUGUACGGUCCUCCCCCUAACGUUCCGGCACCUAUGGAGCCUUUUCGUGUAAUAGCUACACCUCAGUUAACCAGGCUACAUUCAUACCAUAAUAUAGGCUGGAACUCUCAUGAAAACCCUCGCCAUUUUGAACAGUUCACUAACAAACACUUGCAAAAGUUUUUAAAUUACCCAAAUCGAAUUUUUAUUCCUCAAAGGAAAGAGUUUAAUGACGCUUCUUACUUUCAGAAUAGAUAUAUUCCACACAACGCAUUGAGGCAGCAUCAACUGUCGCAGCUUUUUCAUGAAAAUGAGCUUGCAGCCAAUCCUUUUGCCAACACACUACAACAACACAUCAACUCGGGAAUAAACACAUUAAAUGCACAAAAUUAUCUCCCACAAAAUUAUCUUCCACAAAGCGAUGUUCCAAAUAUAGAACAAAGUUCCAUUUCAAAUAUAAAUCUUAAUAAUGUCGGAGUUGCAGAAAAGAUAGGUAUGAUGACAGGAGGCGAAUUGCCGGCAAAUGAAAUUACAGGUGGAGGGCAGCAACCAAUAUUUUCACCAUUAGAACAACCAAAUAUUAUACCAACUGAUCUACACACCCUUCAGACCUCAGCACCUAGAUAUUUUCCUGAAGGAAAAGUUACAGUUUCCUUGCCACAAAAAUCUGAUAGAAAUGAACAAUCUUUUUAUGAUGGUGCUGAAGCAUCAAUACCACAGCAGAAUUUAAUUAAUCUUCAGCCGCAACCUGUUCAAAAAAUAAGUCAUUUAUAUCACAGCCACCAUUUAACAAAACAUUUGCGAAAAGCGCGUUGUUACCCAAAUCCUUGUCGAAAUGCAGGGACUUGUACGGCUUUAACGCAUGGUCACAUAUGCACUUGCAGUAUUGGAUUUAAAGGAAAACAUUGCGAAGCUUUGAACCAAUGUCAACCCAAUCCUUGUAAGAAUGGAGGUCAAUGCUAUGAAACUCCUGAAGGUUAUAAAUGUGGAUGUACCAUGGGAUUUAAAGGCGAUCUGUGCGAAAAUGUUGACAGAUGUCGACCAAACCCAUGUCAUAACAACGGAAAAUGUACGGAAACCGAAGAAGAUUUUCAUUGUACUUGUAAUACCGCUUUUAUUGGAAAAAACUGCGAGACAUAUGAUUUUUGUGAUUCCAAUCCAUGCAAAAAUGGUGGAACAUGUUUAAAUUUGGAAACAAAGUAUGAGUGCUCAUGUCCUGAAAUUGCGCACGGUUUAAGAUGUGAAGAAAUUGAUCAUUGCCACCACUCACCGUGCGAAAAUGGAGGACAAUGUACAAGCACUUUGACUGGAUAUUCGUGCUCUUGUCCUGAAAGGUAUACCGGCGUCACAUGCAAAGAACAUCUUGGGUACUGUGACCCAGAUCCUUGCCAAAAUAGUGGGAAAUGCUUGGAUCUUGAAUAUGGUUUCAAAUGUAGCUGUCCACCUGGUUACCAUGGAGAAAAAUGUCAAGAGUUUUCACAUUGUUAUUCUUCGCCCUGCAAUAAUUUUGGAGCAUGCAUUGAUGUGAAUCACGACUUUCAAUGCAUUUGUCCGCACGAUUAUUUUGGACCUACAUGUGAACAUUCUCAUAACUCAUGUUCUCGUUGUGACCCAAAUGCAGAAUGUAUAAAAGGAAUCUGUAACUGUUUGUCUGGUUAUAUAGGAAAUGGUCGCGUUUGCGAAGUAGCCUCACGCUGUCAUCCGAACCCAUGCGAGAAUGGAGGUUCGUGUUUAGAUAAAGAUAUUGGAUUUGAAUGCACGUGUGCAUCAGGUUACACUGGAAACAAAUGCGAAGAAAUGAACCCUUGCUUUUUCAAUCCUUGCAAGAACAAUGGUCAUUGCAACUACAUUGGACAUGGUGAUUAUCAAUGCCAUUGCCUUCCAAAUUUUUUAGGAAAAACUUGUGAAGACCAUAGCCCUUGUAAUCCGGAUCCAUGCAUGAAUAGUGGAAGAUGUUCAGAAGAAGGAACAAACUUUCAAUGUAUAUGCUCUGUUCAGUACAAAGGCCAAUACUGUGAAGUUGAUAGCUGUUCCAGCUGUGAUCCUUUUGCAUACUGUGAAGAAGGUUUUUGUCAUUGCAAAUCAGGAUAUGUUGGAAGCGGUCAUCAUGGAGACUGCAAACCUUCUUAUGUGCAUAUAUCAGUAUCCUCAAUUCAACCAGCACCAGCAACUCCUCCUGCUGAAGAAAAAAAAGUUGUCUCUCAUUGCACACCAGAUCCAUGCUUAAAUGGAGCUACCUGUAUUGAUGAAUCUACUGGUAACUAUAAAUGCAUCUGCAGAGUAGGAUGGAAAGGCAGACUAUGUCAAGAAAAAGAAGAAAAAGCUUUUGAUCCGUGUGUUCCAAACCCAUGCCAUAAUGCAGGUACUUGUAUUAAUGAAGGAGACAGUUUUACUUGCAAGUGUGCUAAGCCAUACACUGGAAAGUAUUGUGAGGAGGAACAGAAAGCAGUCUUAUCUCCACCAUUGCCAAUUUCAACAACAACACCGAUAACUGUGCUUUCACCAGGAGUUCCUCAGCCAUUUGUUGCACCAUCAGCACCAACCUUUUUAAUUAAUACUAAUCCUUGUCACCCAAACCCCUGUCAAAAUGGUGGAACAUGUCAUGAUUUUGACAUGGGAAGAAAUUACAAAUGUAUAUGUUCUGUGGGUUAUGACGGUUCACAUUGCCAGGAGGAUAUUUGCGCUGAGUGCGAUCUCCACGCAACUUGUUCUCACGGUCGUUGUAGGUGCAAAACAGGAUACUUUGGAGAUGGUUACGAAUGUACUAAAGUUAUUUGUGAUCAUUGCAGUUCACAUGCCACAUGUCUAAAUGGAGUGUGUCAUUGCAAUGAUGGAUGGUCAGGUGAUGGCUAUCAUUGUACAAAAAAUGGACCAUCGGUUCCUGUACCAUCGCAUUAUGACACAAGUUUGUGUCCUGCAAGUUGUUUGCCAGCCACGUGUCAAGAAUCUUGUCCAGUAGCGUGUUGUUUUAAUAAUAAGUAUAUUCAACUGGCACUUCCGUCUACACCUGUUAUAGUUCAGCACCCUGCUGCACAAAUUCUAACUUAUUCACCUCCACCACCUCCACCUCCACCGCCGCCUCCACCUCCACCCCCUCCACCUCCUCCUCCACCCCCUCCUCCUCCCCCACCUCCACCCCCACCUCCACCUCCACCCCCAACUCUGUCUCUCCCUUUACCUUCAUUAACAUAUUCUUAUUCACAAAACCCUCAACCUGUUUCAUCCUCCUACACGCCAUAUUCAUCCACAUAUAACUCUAAACCUGCCCCUAAUUCGGCAACAGUGUACUCGGCUCCACCUUCAUACUCUAACUGCAAUACAGCUUGCGCAAUGACAUGCUCACCAACUUGCUCCCGACAAUGCUGCAAAAAAAGCUCUGUGCAUCAUAAAAAGCAAAAAAGCUCAGCAGCACCAACGUUAUCAAUUGCAGAUAUGUGUCCACCAAUCUGUUCAUCCGACUGCUUAUCUUUUUGUCCUGAAGUCUGUUGUAUAACGAAAAAUAGUGCUUCAAAUUCAGAGUUAGUGCAACCCAAAAAAGAUGUAGAACCUGCUUUUCAACCGUAUCAGCAGUUUGCUCCAUCAGUGACAAGUAUUUCACAAGCAACAACGACUCAUGUAAAUAGCGAUCAAAAAGAUUUAUAUUACUACCCAGGCUCAACGGUGUCGUCUAUUUCUUCUAUUCCAGACGCACAGUCUCACCAGUCGCAAUCAUAUUUAAAAAGUUUUGAACCACGUUCGUUUUCCCAACCAGCACAGCAGUCACCAUUUAUUGCUCCAUUUUCAAGAACAUUGAAAUCGAGUUCACACCCACAUACGCGAAGCUCCAAAAAUACAAGGACAGAUGGAGCCUGCCGCCCAAUAUGCAUGUCACAUUGUUCGGCUGAUUGUCCUUUAGUAUGCUGUGGUGUGAAAAAAAAAAGAUCUAAAAUAGAAGAGAAAAAAAAUUAUCUUUAAGAGUAUGAAAAACAGAGGUGUAAAUAGCAAAACUAAAAUCGCAACUUUUAGAUUCGAUAUCAAUACGUGUUAAAGGUUUCUUAAAAAAAAUAAAACAUGAAUGAAAAUGCUUUUAA